UUUUCUUCUCCGUUCUUCUUCCUUCUUCGAAAUCCUCUGUAAAUGUUGUACAUUUCAAUCCCUUUUGGUGGAUCUGAUCCAACGCAGCCAAAACCUCAAGCGACGGCGCAUCAAUUCCUGGAUUCACCGAAAGGGGAUUCGACAACAAUCCACAUGCAUACGUGCAUACACAUUUGAUCGUCGCGUUUCUACCUUGGCUUUUAUCCGCCCUUUUGGGAUUGUGGAGGCGUUUUGGGGGCUUCCUACGAUUCAAAUUUGGGGCGUUUGGGCGGAACGUGCGUGUAAUUACGGUGUAUUAUUGAUUUUACAAUUGUAGGUUUCGGUAGCUAAGGUUGGAAUUAUAUCAAUCAAUGCUGGGCGUUUAGGAAAGUUCUUCUGAGAGUUGAGCGAAUUGUUUAGAAUUCGAGGCGUUGGUGUUCCGAUUUUGUUUUCAAUUUCCGUCUCAUUCUUUCGCCGGUGCUAUGAGAAACAUUUUGUUGCACCAUUGGGAUGAUGAGGAACCAAGCGAAGAAAAUCGUGAGCUGGAUUUUUCCUUUUAUGGCUUUUGUUGUUCUGCUCUUGAUUAUGGUGGCAAUUGGCGUCGAUGGCGAUUGGAAUGAGGAACAAGAACCUUUACUAACUAAUCUGGUCGACUCAGGAGAGAUUAGUCAUGAGAUGGCUGAGCUAUUGCAGGCGAACUGCAGGAAUGAGUUGAUACAUGCUACGAAGACCUUAGAAGACCCUCAAUUAUGUCCAACAAAGGGGUUGUUCAAUCAGGAUGAUGACCUUAGAACACUACAAAUGCACGAUACUUCUGUUGAUGCCUGGUGCCCUGAGGUUAAGCAAAUCCUUUUAGAUUGCAUGAUGAAAAAAAAUCUCAUGCUUCAUAUUCCUGCAGUGGAGAGGGAUGUAGAUGCUUGGUACACAAGAUAUUUGGGGUCUUUAUUGGCUGCGCAGCAUUCUUCUAGCCGUCGCGAAUUGGGUGGGAAAAAAUCAGGAAAGAAAAAGGCAAAAAAGGAGGAGUCAUCAUUGCCUGUAGUUGCCAUAGCAGCUGCAUCUGUUACCUUGAUUAUUGUUAUUCUGCUCCUUUGUUUAUGCUGUAAAUGCUGCAAGACUGAUUCCGAUCACAAUAAAAAUGACGAGAGUCCUCUUCUCACCUUUAGCUUAAGCGACAACUCUAUUGCCUCCCCACAGAAGUCAUUCAGUCGAGGAUCGUCAAUGUGUGAAGAAAAACUUGAGAUUCCGCUUGGAAACACUGCCCCGGCAGGAGCCAAGUUAGAACAAGGUUCCACACAAAUGUCUUCUCUGCCACCACCCCCUGGAUCAGCCCCUGGAUCAGUCCCUGGAUCAGCCCCUGGAUCAGUCCCUGGAUCAGCUCCUGGAGUGCUAGGUGAACAUGGAAUAGCUCCACUAAGACCACCUCCUGGCAAGCUCAGCGAACAUGGAAUAGCUCCGUUGAGGCCGCCUCCUGGAAGGACAAAUACUUCAAAACCUCCCCAUCCUAAUGCAGCUCGUCCCCCACAACCACCUCCUAUGCAACCUGCAACUAGCACUUCUUCCGGUGACCCUCUUCCUCAGCAGCCUGGACCACCGGGAGCAGCAAUACCUUCGCCACCUGGGGUUCCAUCACAACCUGGGGCACCAGCAUCAUCAUCAGCAUCAGCAUCAGCACCAGCACCACCUCCACCACCUGGAGCACCAGCACCACCCCGGCCACCUGGAGCACCACCACCUCCUGCUCCACCUGGAGCACCUCCUCCACCUGGAGCGCCUCCUCCACCUCCUAUGAUGGGUGGUCCUCGGCCUCCACCACCUCCAGGAGGGGGUGGGCCUAGGCCGCCACCACCUUUUAGCAAGAGACCUCCUCGGCCCCGUGGACCAUCUUCAGGAGAUGAUGAUGAUGCUGAUAGUGCUGCUAAUAAAGCUAAGCUGAAGCCUUUCUUUUGGGACAAGGUGAAUGCUAACCCUGAUAAUGCAAUGGUUUGGAAUCAAAUCAAAGCUGGGUCUUUCCAAUUUAAUGAAGAGAUGAUGGAAAGUCUUUUUGGCUAUGCUCCUGCUGCGAAAGGCAACACCGGGGCAAAGAAAGCGUCUGCUUCCAAAGAGAAUACUCCUCAGUUUAUACAAAUUAUUGAUCCCAAGAAGGCACAGAAUCUAUCAAUUAUGCUCAAAGCAUUAAAUGUGACUACAGAAGAAGUCUCUGAUGCAAUCGAAGAAGGUAAUGAGCUUCCUGCAGAACUCAUUCAAACAUUAAUAAAGAUGGCUCCUACUGCUGAAGAAGAACUGAAGCUGAGACUCUACACCGGCGACCUCGCUCUACUUGGCCCGGCCGAGCGUUUCCUUAAAGGCUUAGUCGAGAUUUCAUUCGCCUACAAGAGGCUAGACUCAUUGCUUUUCAUGUGCACCCUAGAGGAGGACAUGACGAUGUUAAAGGAAUCUUUCGUGGUCUUGGAGAACGCUUGCACCGAAUUGCGCAAAAGUAGGCUGUUUCUCAAGCUACUCGAGGCUGUCCUCAAGACUGGGAAUCGAAUGAACGAUGGAACAUACCGAGGGGGUGCACAAGCAUUCAAGCUCGAUACACUUCUUAAACUAGCGGACGUAAAAGGAGUAGACGGAAAAACCACAUUACUCCACUUUGUUGUCCAGGAGAUAACCCGAUCGGAAGGCAUCCGAGCUGCCCGUGCAUCCCGGGAGCUGCGAAGCAUGUCCAGUUUCCAGUCCGAUGACCUACUCGAUGCGCCCGUCCAAGACUCCGACGAGCAUUUAAAGAGCCUCGGCCUGCAAGUGAUCUCCGGCGUAGGCGACGACCUCAAGAACGUCAAAAGAGCAGCAAAUUUAGACUCGGACAGUAUAACAGGAACCGUCGCGAAGAUCGGGAUUUCGCUCAAGAGAGCCAGGGACUUCCUCAGCACCGAUAUGCAGAGUGUCGACGAAGACAACGGAUUCCAUCAAACGCUCAAGAGCUUCAUCCAAAACGCCGAGGGCGACGUCAAGUGGCUGCUCGAGGAAGAGAAGCGGAUAAUGGCGCUCGUCAAGAGCACCGGCGAUUACUUCCACGGCAACUCCGGCAAGGAUGAAGGGCUCCGAUUAUUCGGCGUUGUUCGCGAUUUCCUCGUCAUUUUAGACAAAGUUUGUAAAGAAUUGAAAACUGCCCCCGUAAAGCCUACCACCAAGAAAGAUCAACAGCAGCAGCAGCACCAGCAACGGCAGCAGCAACAGCAACAGCAACGGCCACAAACAGCAAAGCCGCCUCCACCUCCUCAAGACACCAAAACAACGACAACGACGGCAAAUCCUCCUCCCAACCCGAGACAAAGACUCUUUCCAGCCAUCGCCGAAAGGCGGCCGGAAUCGUCAUCUUCAAGUUCAGAUGAGGACUGAAAGUCUCAACCUAAUUCAAGAUGAUCUCAAGCCUAACAUUUUUCUUCCAACCUUGAAAUGUGCCUAUGUUGCCUGUAAAUUAAGUUACUCCUAGGUUAGAUGGUAUUGAGAUUUGAGCCCCAU